CAUUUCAUUAGGUUUCAUUAUCAUGCUAAAAAUGACAGUGCCAUCUUACGCAUUGUUUUGCAUUUAAUACGAUCGUGUACACACAUAGAGGGUAGAGUGUUCUUCAGUGUUCGCUUUUGCUUGAUUUUCUGACAGUAGUAUUAGGAAGGAAAAGAACGAUUUCUGGACAUUAUUUUCAUCUUUGUUAAUAGGCCGCUAAUCUUUAUUUCACCAUGGACGAUUUACAGAAUUAUAAAUUGCAGCUUCAACAGGUGGAAGCAGCGCUUACCACGGAUCCUACUAAUGAAGAACUAUUGAAAUUGAAAAUUGAUCUCGAGGAAGUAAUAGAGCUGACACAUGAUUUAAUUAAAUCACAACAGCAGGAAAAAAGGCAAGCCAAUGGCAUGGAUGCUAAAGAUCCUAUUUUACUUGCAGUUCUGGCCAAUAAAUGGAAGAUUGGUGAUCAGUGUAUGGCACCCUGGAGCGAAGAUGGCAAAUACUAUGAGGCAACCAUAGAUGCAAUAAGUGAAGAUGGUGUUGUUAAUGUAACAUUUAAUGAAUAUAAAAACACAGAUGUCACAAUGCUUAGUCAGCUAAAGUCUGUAGCCAAAAGGCCAGCAUCAGAUUGGGCAGAUCAGAAGUCAAAGAAAAGAAAAAUGCAAGCUGCUGCAGUAGCAGGAUCAGAUCCUAACAAGCAAAGAGAAUACUUAAAGAAAAAGAAACAGAGGAAGCUUCAGCGAUUUAAAGAACUUGAAGAAGAACGUGAGAUGGAAAAAAAUAAAUGGCUAGCAUUUACAAACAAGUCUUCAAAGAAAGGUGUAAUUAAAAAGAGUAUAUUUGCAACGCCAGAAAAUGUGAAUGGUCGAGUUGGAAUUGGUACGUGUGGCGUAAGCGGACGAGAAAUGACUAAAUUUAGUAAUGGCGAGAAAUGGAGAAGGGGAGCAUGAAUGCUAUUGUAAAUAUGCAAUUUAAUAUUUCGUGAGAUAAAACUAUCGAUUAUUGUUAUUAUUACGCUGAACUCAGUUUCUGAAGAAACUGAGCAAAUGUAUGUUUUGUGUUGUAAGAAUGUCGCGUACGUGAAUGAAGAGUGUUUAGCGGUAUUUGUAGAUUGCGCGUAGUCAUUAUGUUAUGAACAAACAAU